UUCCCUUCUCUCCUCCCCUCUCCUCAACCUUCUGCUUCUAACCCUAAACCCAUAAACACCAAACACUAGCUACCAGACCUUCAUAGCUCAGCUCCAAGCUCUGAAGAUCUGGAGAUCCAUCUGCAUACCCAAUUAUAUUGCUGAAAAUUAAACCCAUCCCAAGAAAUGUUGAAAAGAGAAGAUGGUAAUGGUGAAUCUUACUGUCGUCUUAUUUAGUCUACUCUAGUACUCUCUUCAAGAAUAAUUUUGGUAGGAAUAUAUAUAUUGAUAGAAGCUUAGAAAGUGAAAGAAGGAAAAGAUGGAUCCAGUUUCUGCAGCUGGGCAUUCUCAGCUUCCCCCGCCGUUCCACACCAGAGAUUUCAACCUUCAGCACUUUCACAGCACCGAGGACGAAGGAAACAGCGGCGGCGCCGUGGGGAACAAGCGGCGGGAGAGGGACGAAGGGAGCAACGACAACGCGGAAUCAAACGACGGGUUCGGGAUUGGCGGUGGCGGGUCGGGAGAAGGGGAAAUCACGAGAAGGCCGAGGGGACGCCCGGCGGGGUCGAAGAACAAGCCGAAGCCGCCGAUUAUCAUCACGCGCGACAGCGCCAACGCGCUGCGGACCCACGUGAUGGAGAUCGCGGACGGGUGCGAUAUCAUGGAGAGCGUCUCGGCCUUCGCUCGGCGCCGCCAGCGCGGCGUCUGCAUUAUGAGCGGGACGGGAACCGUCACGAAUGUUACCCUCCGCCAGCCCGCCUCGCCCGGCGCCGUCGUCACUUUACACGGCCGUUUCGAGAUCUUGUCUCUCUCCGGGUCCUUCCUCCCCCCGCCCGCCCCGCCCGCCGCCUCCGGGUUAACCAUCUACCUCGCCGGCGGGCAAGGCCAGGUCGUCGGUGGCAGCGUCGUCGGCGCUCUUUUAGCCUCCGGCCCCGUCCUCGUCAUGGCGGCGUCUUUCAGUAACGCCGCGUACGAGCGGCUGCCGUUAGACGAAGACGAAAGCAAUGCGCUUCCGAUCCAAGGCGGCGGCGGAAUGGAUUCCCCCGGCGGCGUAGGCGGCGGAGGAGGACAACAACAACAACCGCCGCCGCAACAACAACAACAAAUAUUAGCGGACCCGUCGAUGUUUCAUGGGAUGCCACCGAACCUUCUCAACUCAAUUCAGCUUCCAAAUGAUCAGGGAUUCUGGGCCACCGGCCGACCUCCAUUUUAACCAGUCUCGUAAGAUCAUAUCAUAUCAAGAACAAUGGUAAACUAAAUUAAACUACUUUUAAUUUUCUCGAACGCAAUCCCUUGUUUCAUUAUCAUAUCAUAUCAUAUCAAACAUUGUAUGUUCGCAAA